AUGGCCGAAUAUAAACCCCCGGCCCUUCCGGCUCCUUUCAACAGCACCAAUCCUGCGCCCGAGCUCCUCACACAAGGCGCCGAAGGCCAUCUCUACAAGACCUUCUCGCUCGACCCCUCCAUCCCCGCCGCACUCAAAGUCCGCCCUUCCAAGCCCUAUCGACACCCAAUUCUCGACCGUCGGCUCACUCGGCAACGGAUAAUUCAAGAGGCACGCUGUCUUGCCAAAUUGGUUCGCGAAGGCGUCAGUGUCCCCGCCGUUCUCGCGCUCGACUGGGAAGGACAGGGCGGCGAUGAAGCAGGGUGGGGAGGAGCAUGGUUGAUGAUGGAGUGGAUUGAUGGGCCUGUUGUGCGCGUCGUGCUGGAACAAUGGGAAGCAUGGAUGAAGAAGAAUGCCUCAUCCCUUGAUGCCGCGCAGUUGGAGCAGGAAAAUGCUCGCGUCAAGGCCCUUUUACGGCGCAUCGGCAAGGCCCUUGGUGGGCUGCACAAGGCUGGCGUCGUUCACGGCGACUUGACAACAAGCAACCUUAUGCUUCGCUUACCGGCGGAGGAUACUGAGGCCAAGGCCAGUCCGACGGGUGUCUCGACACAAGGCGAGGUCGUCCUGAUUGAUUUCGGACUCGCGUCGCAGAGCGUGCAGGAUGAGGACCGAGCUGUGGAUUUAUACGUGUUGGAACGGGCGAUAGGCAGUACGCACCCGCGAUCGGAACCUUUUAUGGAGGAAUUGGUGCACGGAUACCGCGAGAGUCACCGUGGCGCUAUUUCUACGCUCAAGAGGCUGGAGGAUGUGCGGAUGAGAGGUCGCAAGCGGAGCAUGCUUGGAUAA